AUUUAGUCACACACCUUCAACAUGUCUGCGCCCUUGUAAAUCGACGAUAUUUCUAUAUUCAUAAAAAUGAGUUCGUCAAAAACAGCAACGUUUAUCCUACGGAAUAACCGUAUCAAGAAUAUGAGAUUUCCAAGAACAAAAAAAGCAGCCUACAGUUACCUGUGGGAUGAGAAUGCAGAAAAAAUUCUUCCUGAACACUUCAAGAGGAGAUGUCUGGAGUUCAUGAAUAAAGAACCAAUCCCAGUUCACUAUGUACCAUCUACUGGGACUUUUGGCAUUCAUAAACUAACCAAAUUACCAAAUAAAAUCCAGAAUGUUCCCAUCCCUGCACUGUAUCCCCAGGAAGCCAAUGAUGAACUGUGGGGUGGGGAAGGAAUUGUCAUGGGCUACAAGAUGGACAAGGCUCAUCUCAGACAGAAAAACAGAUUACCUAAGCUUUGGAAACCAUUCGUUUGUAAGAGAGCAGUGUAUAGUGAGAUUCUGGAUAAAUGGUUUGAGAUAUCAAUGACAAUGCGAGUCCUAGAUUUAAUUGAUGAAUGUCAUGGCUUUGAUAACUAUAUUCUAAAAACACAUGAGCGUGAUUUAAACUCUCUACUAGCCAUGAAAAUUCGGAGAAAAAUGUUGCUUGCUCUUGCCAAUGAAACCUGUUAUCCAAAUGACAAAGAGAAACAGGAAAGGAUAUUACACAAAUACCAUGAGUUCAUUAUACCAGCAGAGGAGGCAGAAUGGGUGGGGCUUACCGUGUCAGAGGCGUUAAUAAAAGCCAAGGAAGCAAAGAAGGCGGAGCCAGAAAAUCAACCCAAACCACUCAAAGACCUGUAUGAAGAAAACCUAGUCCUAAAACUUCAUUUGAUAAAAGAAAACAGAUGGGAACAGAUUAUGGAGGAAAUAGAAAAACCGAAAGAGGAAACAAAGGAAGCUCUGUCUAUGAUUGCCAAACUGAACCCCUUCUCCCAGUAUAACAGAGCUAAAAGGAAGUCAUGACAGGCGGAAAUAAAUACGGUUAAACAUUCUCCUCAUAGAUUUAUAACAUGUACUGCCUUGGGAGCAUUUUAAAAAAAUAGACAUUUUCUACAGACAUAAUUUACAAUGGAGUGCAGGGAUUCUGUGAAGUGAUUUUUUCAAGUGUGCACUCUAAAACAGAAUUAGUGGCAAUAUGAUCAAGUGCGGGACUUAUAAUGUAUAAAUAUAUAAAUUUUUGGUUUAUAUAUUAAAGUUUUUUUUUAACAUGUAGAGGUACUCAUUUCAUUAUAAAGCUAUGUGAUUAUUAAUUGAAAA